AUGCGUUUUACUGUCCCCGAUAUCCCGAGAUCCCUCAUAUCCUCUGGUCAAAUACUCCCAAGUGUUACAGUUCAAGAAGCAGUAGAGCGCGUCGCGAACUUUCUUGCUCCUGGAAAUGUUACGGUCUUGACAGGUGCGGGUGUUAGCGUCGAUUCUGGGAUCCGUGCAUAUCGUGGCAAGGAUGGACGAUAUAUGAAUCCAAACUACAAACCGAUAUUCUAUCAUGAAUUAAUGGAUGAGACGGAGAAAGGGUCUUUAUAUCGGAAACGAUACUGGUUACGUUCUUACCUUGGGUAUCCAGCCGUUCGAAAUGCUUUCCCAAACACAACACACUAUGGAUUGUCUGCUUUACAAUACGCAAGAAUCGUGCCUCGUCUCAUAACCCAAAAUGUAGACGGUCUUCAUCACAAGGCUCUUUCCAUGUCCUCCAUCGGUCCUGUUCAUAUGCAAGAAUCCAUCUUAGAACUUCAUGGCACACUGCAUCGCGUACGCUGCAAACAUGGGCACGUGGUUGACCGAAAUACAUUUCAAGAUCGGCUUUCCGAGGCAAACCCAAAAUGGCUCAGUUUUGCUCGGGAGAUAGAAAGAAUAGGUCAAGAGCCUAGAACUAAUCCUGAUGGUGAUGUGGCCAUAGAACACCUCGGUAUAUCUUACAGCGACUUUGUGAUACCUGAAUGUCCGACCUGUCUGAGCGAAAACCGUCUUAAUGAUGUCCACAAACCCGACCUAGUAUUUUUCGGAGAAUCGCUGAGGGCAGAAGUCAAGGAUCGAUCUUUUCACGACAUUGAGAAAGCCGACAGAGUACUUUUGAUGGGCACGACUCUUGCGACGUAUUCUGCAUUCAGGUUGUUGAAGAGUGCCGUGGACAAUAAAAAGCCUGUCCUCAUGGUCAAUGUUGGACCAUCUCGCGCAGACGGCAUCGCUGGCGUCGAAAAACUGGAUAUUCAAAGUGGAGCGAUUAUGCCAGACGUGGUGAGAAAUAUUUUGGGGACUCGUGCAAACCAAGAUACCGUCAUCAAUACAAUGUUGAACAGUGGGGUUGUUAAACCUCCUCCUACAGAUGACGACGACAGAACUCCGCGUGCUGCUGGUUGAAAGCGUACUAGAAAUGGAUGGGAAGGUGUGGAAUAAAUUACUAGCCUGAAGAAUCAAUUAGAAUAAUGCAGAGACUGAAGUACAACAGUGUAAGAAUGCGAAUGGAUGAUAUCAACGUUUAU